CAGCUCCCCUGUGCAGGUGGCACGCAGGUGGCUCCCCUGAGCGCAGCCCCAGCAUGAGCUCCUUCGACCUGCCGGCUCCCUCGCCGCCUCGCUGCAGCCCCCAGUUCCCCAGCAUCGGCCAGGAGCCCCCCGAGAUGAACCUUUACUACGAGAACUUCUUCCACCCCCAGGGCGUGCCCAGCCCUCAGCGGCCCCCCUCUUUUGAGGGGGGCGGCGAGUACGGGGCCACCCCCAACCCCUACCUCUGGCUAAACGGGCAGGCCAUGACCCCGCCGCCCUACCUGCCCGGCCCCAGCGCCAGCCCCUUCCUGCCCCAGGCCUACGGCGGCGUGCAGAGGCAGCUGCUGCCCAGCGUGCCCGGGCUGGGGGGCGGCGACCUGGGCUGGCUGCCCAUCCCGUCGCAGGAGGAGCUAAUGAAGCUGGUGCGGCCCCCCUACUCCUACUCGGCGCUCAUCGCCAUGGCCAUCCACGGGGCGCCGGACAAGCGCCUGACCCUCAGCCAGAUCUACCAGUACGUGGCCGACAACUUCCCCUUCUACAACAAGAGCAAGGCCGGCUGGCAGAACUCCAUCCGCCACAACCUGUCGCUCAACGACUGCUUCAAGAAGGUGCCUCGCGACGAGGACGACCCGGGCAAAGGGAAUUACUGGACUCUGGACCCCAACUGCGAGAAGAUGUUCGACAACGGGAAUUUCCGCAGGAAGAGGAAGAGAAAGUCGGAUGUUUCCUCCGGGGCGGGGGGCUCCUUGGCCUCAGAGAAAGCGGAGAGCGGUCUCCUGGCGGGUAGCCCCAAGGCCACAGACGCCCAGGACAUCUUGGACAGCAGUUCCCCAGGCACCACCAGCUCCCCGGAGCAGCGGCCGUCCCCCGCCCCGUGCCUCAGCAGCUUCCUCUCCACCAUGACCGCCUUCGUGAGCGGGUCGGGCCCCGCCGGCCGCCCCGUGGCCGCGCCGGGACUGAACGCCGAGCCCGCUGACAAGGCGGGACAGAACCUGGUGCACUUCAGCUCCUACACGCCGCUCACCAGCCUCGGCGGCUCGGGGGCGGCCGGCGAAUGGGCCAACCCCGUGCCCGCCAACGCUCUCGGCUACGGAGGCUCCGUCCUCAACCAGUUCAGCCCUCAUUUCUACAACAGCGUCAACACGAACAGCAGCGUCCUCUACCCCAGGGAGGGCACCGAGGUCUAG